AUAAUAUUACUAUCGAUUUUCCCCGGUUUUAUAUUUUCCCGUUCAGUUCGACGUUUGUCGUCAUUUGAUUCUUACGCUUGACCGUAGGCAGUCGACAAAACCAACUCGGACAUGUUCCCACGCAACGUGUUCACCUUUUUCGAUGAGGAUACCGGAAUCUGGCGAGGUCGCAGUGUGCCUCCGCUGUACAAUCCGAACCAGAGUGUUGGAGAGUUGGUUUGGCGCGCGUUGAAUCGUGCCCCCUGGAAGGUUGCCCAAAUCAGUGCGGAGAGUGGCGUUCGUGUAACGUACCAUGAAAUGCGGCUGCGAAGCGUACGCGUAGCGCAGAAUCUUUCCUCAAUGGGAUUCGAGGCGGGCGAUUUGGUGUCAAUUGUCGCCAGAAACAACGAAAAGCUAGCGUCGGUACUGUUUGGCUGUUUUAUGGCGGGUUUGUCGGUUAACUCGCUGGAUCCGAGCUUCCACCGGGAGGAUUUAGCACAUAUGUUCAAAACCAUUCGACCCAGAACGGUGUUCUGUGAAGGUGAUUUGAUUGAAGAAGUGACUGCGGCUUGCGAUAUGGCAAAUGUUUCGCCGAACCUAAUCAUCUUUGGGCCAAGGGUUAACGGAUUUACACGCGUUGAUGAUCUGUUAGUGGAAACGGGUACGGAGCAGCACUUUCUACCGGCGCAUGUCGAGGAUCCGGCAAAUGAGCUGGCGAUUAUCCUUUGUUCAUCGGGUACAACGGGUAAAUCCAAAGGAGUUUGUUUGUCCCAUUCAUUAUGCAUUGCCAACCUGUCGGACAUCUGGCCUUGUUUCGAAUCGGAUCGAGUAUUGUGUCUUAGUUCGCUCUAUUGGAUUUCUGGCAUUGGAACGCUAAUGACUGGAACCAUGUCCGGGGCAACACGAAUCAUAACCACAGAUAAAUUCACCGCCAGCAUGAUGAUUGGUUUGAUAGAGGAGUAUCGCAUCAAUGUAAUAUUUUUCCCGCCAUCGCAUGCCCUUGCAAUUUUGAACGAUCCAACCGUUGGAAUGGCAGAUUUCUCUAGCCUACGCAUGGUUAUCUGCGGAGGGGGUGCGGUAUCGCCCGAUUUGAAGCGAUCUUUCGAAAUGUAUCUAUCGAAGGGAAAAUUCGUAGUAGCGUACGGACUUUCCGAGAUAGGAGGUUUAGGGUCACUUAGUGACGUAGCCUAUAAAAACGGUUCCGUUGGAGUUCUGACGAAUGGAGCCCAGGCAAAAAUUGUCGACGAUGAAGAAAACGUUGUCGGGUUGGGAGAACAAGGUGAACUGCUUAUUAAGAGGCCUUUCGUAUUUAUGAAAUAUUAUGGUAACCCGGAAUCAACGGCGGAAAUGCUGGACGAAGACGGAUGGUUGCACACCGGAGAUAUCGCCUACGUCGAUGAGGAUGGUCUGUUAUACGUUGUAGACCGCAAAAAGGACAUUAUCAAGUACGCAGGCUAUCAGAUUUCGCCAACGGAAAUCGAAAAUGUCAUUCUGCAAGUGCCCGGUGUUACAGCCGUGUGUGUAACGGGAAUUCCCGUGCCCGGUAAUGACCUACCGGUUGCAUUGGUAAUCAAAUCCCCAGGAUCGACUGUGGCGGAAAAUGAUAUCGUCGAUGCGGUCGCCAGUGCUAUGGUGGAUUUUAAACAUCUGAGGGGUGGAGUUUAUUUUGUGGCGAGUUUUCCCAUGACACCAUCGGGGAAAAUUUUGCGCCGCAAGUGUCGGGAAAUAGCGAUUGGAUUCUUCAAGGAAUCAAAUAAUAACAACAAAUGAGCGGAUUGAUCGUCAAGUUGAACAUAUUUGAGGCAGUAAUUGAUUUCUCUUCUGGGGUGUUUGAGUAAUCUAACAAUAGCCUGUUAGUAAUCAGUGCACAUACAGUGUUUUAUUGCACUAUGAAAAUAAAAAUAGAUUGUGAAAUAACAAUCACUUUCAGUCAGUCCUCAUACCCUACCAUCCCCUACGGGGAUACCCGAGGAAACAUUUGUAAUGGUCAUAUAUUAAUAACCUAAUUAGGCUAAUUAAUGCAAAGCUCAUUAAUUCAACUGCAACAUCAGCCGUGACAGUUACUCUGAUAAAAGGAAGAUUGAUGAGUUUUUUCAGAGUUAUACGAAGUCGGCCUGUUCUAAAUAAAAAAGAGAUAACGGCGCAAGGGUCGGUUAUAAUGAUAUAGAAAAACUCAAACAUGGGAAAAUCAAAACAUUCAGAUCCAUCCAUGAUGGCAAUUUGGUAUAGAGGAUAGAAAUUAUUAUUCGUGCGUUAGAGUUUCAUGGAUCAGUUGAAUUCACAAAUGUAUGUUAAAAUGAUUGUUUCACUAAUUUUUAUGAAAAAAUUUGUAGUGGAAGAGUCUGCUAAAAAGCAGAAUAAAUGAUU